AUGGAAUUUUCCAGCCCGUCUCAGAAGUAAAGAGAAAAUCGUUACCAUAGCAUUUACGAGAAGAAAACGAACACUAACUACCUAAAAAAGGUAUCUACCAAUACAUAGAAGUGACAUCUAUAUCUAAGGACUCUACUCUUCAGCUCAUCACCACUUUAUCUUCGGACCUCGGUGGUCACUACUGCCAUCUCUAUUCAUCCGUUACUUUUGAAGCAUCCAUAACUCAGAAUGACACAGCAACACAUCAGCCUUCCAGCUAAGCUGAUCAACGGGGGUAUUGCUGGCAUCGUGGGUGUUACAUGUGUGUUCCCCAUCGACCUUGCUAAGACCAGGUUACAGAACCAGAGACAAGGGAACCAGGUCUACAGGAACAUGAUGGAUUGCCUUGUGAAAACUGUUAGAUCGGAGGGAUACUUUGGAAUGUACAGAGGCGCUGCGGUAAACUUGACCUUAGUCACCCCUGAGAAGGCUAUUAAACUGGCGGCCAAUGAUUUCUUCCGCCACCAUCUGGCCAAAGAUGGGAAGGGCUUGACGGUGAUGAGGGAGAUGUUGGCUGGGUGUGGCGCGGGCAUGUGCCAGGUGGUCAUCACCACCCCUAUGGAGAUGCUGAAGAUCCAACUGCAGGAUGCGGGCAGGCUAGCGGCCCAGCAGAGGAAGCCGGCGGCCAUGAUGGCGUCCAGCAUGCUGGCGUCUCCCAGCGCGGUGCUGAGUCGAUCCUACAACGUUGGCCCCGCCCACGCCGCCACGGCAACCCAGAUUGCCAGGGAGCUGUUCCAAACCCAGGGCAUCCAGGGGCUCUACCGGGGCCUGGGGGCCACGCUCAUGAGAGAUGUGCCCUUCUCCAUGAUCUACUUCCCCCUGUUUGCCAACCUGAACCGUGUGGGCCAGACCAGCCCCGGCCAGCAGGCUCCCUUCUACUGGGCCUUCCUGUCGGGCUGCCUGGCCGGCAGCACCGCCGCCGUGGCCGUCAACCCCUGUGACGUGGUCAAGACGAGACUGCAGUCCCUGACGAAAGGAGCCAAUGAGGAGAGCUACAAUGGAGUGGUGGACUGCAUCAGUAAGAUCAUGAGGAAGGAAGGUCCUGCUGCCUUCCUGAAGGGCGCGGCCUGCAGAGCUCUGGUCAUCGCGCCCCUCUUCGGCAUCGCCCAGGUCAUGUACUUCGUGGGCAUUGGAGAAUACAUCCUCGACAACGCAUCCAUCAACUUCCUGUUUUCGUGAGCCCACUCCCCCCUCCUCCUGGUUCUGCACAGGAAACACUCCCCAGGGAACCCAGCCCCAGCCAGCCUGCUACUGCCCCAGCCAGCUACCGCUACAGCACGCAUUAGAGGAAGUCACCUACUAACCAGGCAGGGACACCUGCCAGAGCGUCGAGGUUACCCGUGCAAGCUGCUCGCUGGGCUCCUGAACUUCCUGUGUGGCCUAUGUCACCUCCACUUCCUGUACGGUUCUCCGGCUGCUCGUAGGGGCUGGGAGCGCUGUUUGCGCGUGAGGAGAUGUGCUGGGCGGGGGACUCGCUGGUCCCUGCCCCCCCCCCCCCCGGUUCCCUCCGUGAGGGAGAGGAGGGAGCGACGAACAAAAGCUUCCACAAUACUUUUUCCACUUGUAAUUUUUUUUAUGAUGAUGCAGUUUGAUAUUAUUUUGACUAUUUAAGACAAUUCCACAUUUUGCUAUUGACUGAAAUAGUUAGCAGUUCUGGCAUUCCUGGUGAAUGUGUGCCAGUGUUUUUGGUUAACAUAUUCACAUUCUCAUGACAUUCAAAUGUCAGCAUUUUAGUCUUUGUCUUUAAUAUGAAACCUUUUGUUUUUUAUUUCAGUUUCACAAAGAAAUGGUGUUUUGUCAAAUACAUUUUCAGGUUAUAAAGUUUAUUUUUGGAAAGGGGUCUAAUCACCUAGGCUUGUUAAGAAACACCUCACUAGCGACCCCGAUGAGUUCAGUGGUCCAUGAGAAACCUCAGAUCUAUAUUCCGUUACAUGUGAUAUUGUGGGACACUAUUAAUCUAUUGAAGGAGUCUCUUUGUUUUUGUGACUUUUUCACGUUCUGGCAAGCACUUGAUGUGUGUGUGUGUGUGUGCGAGAUGGUUGUCUAGUCUUCUACAGAGAUUAGCAGGGUCCAAGGUUGGACAGAGUACAUAUUGUGUUAAAAAGAAUAACUUAUUGUCUUGCUGAGGGCCAUUAGGUCAAAUAACAGUUUGGGGUAAGGUAACAUAGCAAUUAACUGGUAGUUUGAACAAAAACAUUCUGUGCAAGGGGAAGAAAGUAGUCAGUUUGAAAAUAUGCCACAGUAUUUAAAUCCUAAUGGAAAUGUUUGCCUUAAAGUGACUGAUGAAAAGCUGUUACAUGCAGAACAGCAUUUCAAUAUUACUGUUACACUGUCUACUUGUCCUGUGUUUUUGUACAAGCAGUAGAUAUAUUAAAGUAUACCUAAUAAAUGAUGUUUGGUGUUAA